AUGCCCAGUUAUGCCAAGUUUCUCAAAGACAUCUUAAGUAAGAAGAAGAAGCUGACCGAGUAUGAAACCGUAGCUCUCACUGAAGAAUAUAGUGCACUUCUGACCAACAAGAUACCUCCUAAGCUUAAAGACCCGAAAAGUUUCACUAUUCCUUGUUCUAUAGGUGGUAAGGAAAUUAGGAAAGCUUUGUGUGACUUAGGAACAAGUAUCAACCUUAUGCCCUUAUUUGUUGUCAACACCUUAGGCAUAGGAGAGGCUAGACCUACCAUUGUUACACUUCAAUUGGCCAACAAAUCCAUUGUGUACCCUAAGGGAAAGAUUGAGGAUGUUUUAGUGCAAGUUUAUAAGCUCAUAUUUCCGGUAGAUUUUAUCAUCUUAGACUUUGAGGCUGAUAAGGACAUUCCUGUCAUGUUAGAGAGACCAUUCCUAGCCACCGGAAGAACUUUGAUAGAUGUCCAUAAAGGAGAGCUGACUAUGCGACUUCAGGACCAAAAAGUCACAUUCAAUGUCUUUAACUCCUUAAAGUACCCUGAUUACUUGGAGGAUGCUCAAGCAUAA